AUGAAGAUAUUUUUGUUGCUGGUUGGGGAAAAGUACACCAAAAAAAAAGAUAUUUAUAAUGACUUCGCUGGACGUGCAUCCAAAUCUACGGCCGUAGCACGUGGAUUCAAAAAAAAAGAUAUUCUAUAG